CGUCGUCGGUGCGUCGCACAGAAUCUGUCUCUCAAGCUAAGACUACUCUACGGCUCAACGGAAAAUUGGAAAAAUGAAGUGGAUGGCGGUAUUGGCCGUCGUCGCGGCCGUCUGCCUCGCUCUGGUAGCGGCGGACCACCACACCCCGAAAAUCGCCGACAAGGACUUUCUCCUCAAGCAGAAAAAGAUCUACAAUCUGUUGUACUACUACAAGCAACCAUCCCUCAUAAACCCCAGCCUGUACGAGGAAGGCCAGUCGUACAAUAUCGAAGCUAACAUCGAUUCUUACACUAACACGACCGUGGUGAAGGAUUUCCUCUACCUGUAUAAGUAUGGUAUGCUCCCUCGCGGCGAGAUAUUCUCCUCGUACUAUCCGAAGCUCCAGAAGGAACAAGAAGCCCUGUUUCGUAUGUUCUACUAUGCCAAGGACUUCGACACUUUCUACAAAACCGCGCUCUGGGCGCGCAUUCACGUAAACGAAAUGCAGUUCUUUGACACCCUGUACACGGCCGUUAUUUGUCGCGCAGACACCAAAUUCAUCCAGUUACCACCGCCUUACGAGAUGUAUCCGUAUGCAUUCUACAACUCUGAGGUGCUCGAGAAGGCGCAUCACGCGAAACUCUUCGGCAAACUCGACUCGAAGAAAUUCAGCGGCUACAACACCUACACCAUCCCGGCGAAUUAUUCCGGGUGGUAUUUGUCGCGCGAGUACGAUGUCGAGCACAAGCUCAACUACUUCACCGAGGACAUUGGCUUGAAUACCUACUAUUUCUACUUCCGGAAGGAGAAUCCAGUCUGGUUGAAGAGCGAGGAGGUCGGAUUGCAAAAGUUCCGUGGCGAAACGUAUUUAUACGGUCACAAACUGUUGCUGAUGCGUUACUACUUGGAACGAUUGUCUAACGACAUCGGUAAAGUCGAGGACUUUGAUUGGAACGGGCAAUUCUUCGUUGGAUACUACCCGACGAUGACCUACCACAACGGGCUGCCAUUCCCGCAGAGAGGAUACUUCAGCAAGUUCCCGCAUUACAAGCAAAAGUACAUAAAGGACGUAAGCGAGUUUGAGUCUCGAAUCCUCGCGUCCAUCGAUUCCGAAUAUAUCAAGGAUAUGAACAACAAGAUGUUCAACAUCUACACGCCCGGGGGUCUCAACAUGGUCGGCAACAUAGUCGAGGGCAAUGCGGACUCCUACAACUAUGAGUACUACGGCAACAUCGACUUUCUCGCGAAGAAGAUCCUCGGCUACAACUUGGAGCCGUCGACGACCCACCAAAUUGUUCCAAGCGCACUCGAGUACUUCAGCAUCGCCAUGAGGGACCCCGCUUUCUACCGUAUUUACCAGAAAAUAUUCGAUUUGUUCUACGACAGGUACAAGCUGCAUCAAAAACCGUAUAACAAAAACGAGGUUGUCUAUCCCGAACUGAAGAUCGAGUCGUUCGUCGUAGACAAGCUGAUCACCUACUUCGACCAAUUCGACGCCUCGAUUAACAACGGCCUGAUGUUCGACGAUGCAAAGGAAGCCGAGAGCACGCUGAUUAAGAUUCGUCAGUAUCGUCUCAAUCACAAACCCUUCAGCUUCCACUUCGCUAUCAACGCCGACAAGGCUAUGAAAGCCGUCGUGCGUAUCUUCCUCGGUCCGAAGUACGACAUUCAUCACAAACCGAUGGACUUCGUCGAGAACUUCAAAUAUUUCUACGAGAUGGACAACUUUAUAGUCGACUUGAACGCCGGUGCCAACAAGAUUGUGCGUCACAGUCAAGAUUGCUACUUCACUAUUCCCGACCCGGAGCCGAGCGAGGUGUUCUACAAGAAGGUGCUGAACAGCUUGGACGGCAUGGAGUCUCUGCCCUACGUGGAACGCCUCUACGGUUUCCCGGAACGUCUUCUGUUGCCCAAGGGCAAGAAGGAGGGCAUGCCCUUUACCAUGUUUGUGUACGUGAAUCCGCUCGAGGGUGAGACCGUGCCUUACAUGUCCCGCGUCUUCGGCAACUAUAAAUUCGACAACAAGCCUCUCGGAUUCCCGUUGGACAGGCCCGUCCUCAACUUCCACUACGACGGACCAAACAUGAUGCUGAAGGACGUGAACAUCUAUCACAAAGACGAGAUGGAGUUGAAUGUCACUUACUAACGACUCGUUCGCGUUAAGUCUUUCCCCUCCUAUCUCGAUCAUGUAACUCGAUUUAACCAUUCGCGACUGAACGUAUAUAACUCUCCGAGAAAAAUACAUUUGUCUUUAUGCAUAUAAUAUUUCAUAUCGUAGAGUUUCGCAUAAAUACACGCGUUACCCCAUAAAAUACACUAUGCUCGAACCAAUUUUAACGAACUAUUCGUUCACAACUCAUGCCAACAGUUAACUAAUUUAUAAUAAUUAUCUUUACAAAUCCGCGCCUAAUACCAGUCUCCUUAGAUACUAUGAAACGUCUUUUAUUUACGUAAGAAAUUAUUAGUAGAAUAUAAGAAAACAUAAAUAUAUAAAUCCAGGAACCUAGAAUUAGUUCUUCUUGAGACAAUUUGAUUAAAAAUAUCGGUUGAAGCGAGAAACAAAAUAAAAUAAUGUUACAAGAGAA